AGUAUUUAUCAAAAUUCAAAACACGUUUUAUCACAGCAUUGCUAUUUAGAUAGAGUUAUUCUAAGUGUUGCAAGAAUGUCAAAAUGUGGUUGACCUCUCAAAGAACACAUUUUGAAAUAUAUACGAGUUACAUUUGCAGGUGCUCGAGUUUACCAGAAGAUUCAUUGUAAACAAAAAAUGUGUGGCCUAUCAUGUUUCUCUCCCCUGCCCCUUCUCCUGUCAACUCUCCUAGGCGUCCUUUCCUUUCCUUAGCCCCCACUUCUGCUCCCUCUCUCAAGACCCUUCUCCUGUCCCAAUGCCCAAGCCCGUUCUUCUGUCCCCAUUCCUAAGCCCUUCUUCUGUCCCCCCUCUCAAGCCCCUCGCCCCGGCCCCCAUUACGAAUGGCUCCACUCUCGGCAUCCUGCUUCGUGCUGCUGCUUCGAAGUUGAUUUGUGUUGUUAAUAGGACACGUGAAUCUUGUCUGAUAACGAGGCAUGCACAUAAUUGUUUGUUUGCGGGUUAUAUAUUGUUAUUUUAAACGCAUGGGUGCACCCAAUAAACAUAGGUAAUGAGUUAAUCAAAAAGUUGCACAUCGGCAAAAAAACUUAUUUUUUACCCGAAAAAGGGUAUUGGCCAUGAUUUUGUAACGAUUUGUAGAUAUGAAAUACACCAGAAUGCUAUUGCACUUGGCGAUUUUCGCUGUUCUGACAUUUGAUAUAGCAAAAGGUAAAGAGGUUAAUGUUGGCGAAGCGGGGAAACAUAAAACACCGGAAAGAAGAGAGCCCUUAGGCCUGCCGUUGCAACCUGAUUCAGCAAGACCAGAUGAAUAUAAGCAUGGAAUGCACCACGAUGAAUUCGAGCAUCAACCAUUUCAUGAUGGCGACUGGGGCCACAGUUCGCACGGGGGCAACUUUGGAGGUCAUGGAGGCGGCUUUGGAGGUCAUGGCGGUGAAUAUGGUGGUCAUGGGGGCGAUUUAGGAGGUCAUGGUGGUUACGCAAUGAAUCAUGGACACGAGGCCGCAACACACUCUUUUGGCGGUCACUCUGAUAAUCACGAUGUAUGGGUUGACGGUCAUGAGCCUCACCGAGAUUGGCAUGGCUAUGGGGCACCUGGUUUCAACCACCAAAGCUUCGGCCACGGUGGCCACGGAGAUUUUUGGUCUGAUCACUUAGGGCAUGACAAUUAUGGGCAUGGAGGUCAUGAGGGCCAUCAUGGUGGCUAUGGCGAAGGCUAUCAUGGUGGGUACAGCGAGGGUCAUCAUGGCGGAAUCAACGUGGGCCAUUAUGGUGGUUUUGGCGAAGGUCACCAUGGUGGGUACGGUGGGGGGUAUGACGGUGGUUAUGGUGGAGACCAUAAUGGAGGUUAUGGCGAGGGACAUCAUGGCGGAUUUGGCGAAGGUCACCAUGGUGGUUUUGAAGCGGGCUAUGGCGGUGGUCUUGGAGAGGGACAUAAUGGAGGUUAUGGCGAGGGACAUCAUGGCGGAUUUGGCGAAGGUCACCAUGGUGGUUUUGAAGCGGGCUAUGGCGGUGGUCUUGGAGAGGGACAUAAUGGAGGUUAUGGCGAGGGACAUCAUGGCGGAUUUGGCGAAGGUCACCAUGGUGGUUUUGAAGCGGGCUAUGGUGGUGGUCUUGGAGAGGGACAUAAUGGAGGUUAUGGUGAGGGACAUCAUGGCGGAUUUGGUGAAGGUCACCAUGGUGGUUUUGAAGGGGGCUAUGGUGGUGGUCUUGGAGUAGGCCAUCAUAGUGGAGGCUUUGCUCAUGGUUACCACGGCGGAAUCGGAGGGGGUCAUGGUGGUUUUGGUGAGGGGCAUCAUGGAGGCCUAGGAGGAGGGCAUCAUGGCGGAUAUGAAGGUGGAAGUGACCUAGGCCAACAUGGAGGAGACAGUGGACACGGCUUGAAUGAAGGUGGUCAUGGUCACGUGCACUCAACUGGAUAUGGUGACGUCAUCGGAGGACAUGCCGCUGGCUUGCAAGCCCACCAUCAUGGUUACGAUUUAUCAGCUUUGAAACACCCGCAUGUUUCUUCAGGAUAUGUAGCUGGAGGCCAUGGGCACACAGCACCUGAGAUUGGCAGCGAGGUACACAAUCAUGGGCACCACGAGGAGCACCAUGAGGAGCACCAUGAAGAAGAGCACCAUAUCCCGCAUGCCGAUGACUUGCACAUAACAGUAGAGCAACCAAUACCCGAAGUGCCACCACCAAAGCCAGCCAAAAUUGUCCCACAGGUAACAGGUGUCGCCUUCCUACCAGAUGAUAUUGGGACAAAGUCAGGUACUUCUGAUUCACAGAACAAUGCAGGACAGGAAGGAUUUAAAACUAAAGAUGGCACGAAGACGACCAGGCCCGUCACCACAUCGUCGUCAAAAAGAUUUGAACUGAAUACCAAAAGUAAAAAGAGGCAUAUUAAAAAGCAUAACAAAUCAUUAAAGAAAUUAAUACAAAGGUCGUAAUUUGUAAUAAGAAUUAUAAGAAUUUGUAAAUAAUUGUUAAUUGUGGCUAGUAAUUUAUUCCGUUGAGAAUAUUCUUAUCAAGAUAGGUCAGCGAUUACUCUUAGGUCUUGUACUGAACUUAUUAACUUAUAUUUAUAGAUUUUGCAAACAUUAAAUACUGUGUCCUUUCAUUUUGAAAACUCUCGCAACUUUCUGUAGGCGAUUGUCUUUUUAACUCUGUAGGCGAUAGGCUCGAUCGUCUUGAUUUUUCAAAAAAAAAAUGAGUUUCAACUUCUGUAAUAAUUCUCCAAUAUAUGCGCGAAACUCUAGGAUAUCAUCUUUUUUGUUUCUAUCCAGUACCCAUUGCUACAUCAUCAACUUUGAAACCCGCUUUCUAGCAGUUGUGUUUGGUGAACAUUCAAUUAAAGUUUAAUUUUUUAAUACUUGGGGUUAAAAUCAGUUCUACAGCUUAAAAUUUAAAAUGAAAUCAAUCUAUGCUUUUCAAAGGUAAAAACAGCAAUGAAUGUCUAAAGGACAGCAUGUCUAUGAAAUUGCUGUCAUGGAUUCGGCUGCUCUGUUAUCUGAUUGGUUUAUCCGAAGCCACUAGUUAUUGAUUGGUUAAAACUACACUCAUUUUUUUGUCAAGAAAUUGGCUUUAAGAAACUUCAGUACUCGAAGCAAAAAAUUAAGAAACUAUUAAAUCGUAAUGAAACUGAGAACAACGAAAUUUUGUAAAAACCAAAACAUGAUUGCUCUGAUGGCCAAGAAACUAAGACACAAAGGAUAGCAAUAUACUUCCCACGUCUAAAUACAGCGUCAGAACGGAAGCGAAUCAUUUGACGUGAAAAAUAGAACACGAACGUUUCAUAACAUCAUUCGUGACACCAUAAUUAAGUAACUCUUAAGAAAAAGUGAGUAUUGAAAUUUCCAGAAAAUUGAGAAACUGGAGUACUCAACAUCGACCUUUGUUUCUUAAAAAUAUAAUAUAUUUACAACACUCUCAAUCUUGGAUAACGAACAGGAAGACAUGCAAUCAGCAAAAUACCCAGACUUCUCUUAAUCAAGGAAUGAGCGAUCACACCUCCUUUUGUAUAUUUUAGAUUUCAAAGGAAUCUCAACUACUUGGAACAUUUUGUAGAUCUUCAAUAACACAAGGUCAGACAUUACAUUGUCAAGUCGCAUGAGACAAAAAUUCUUUCCAUCUAUAUGUUUCUUUGUUUCUACACCUUCCCCGACUCUACAUUUGUUGUCAUACCUUUCUUUUCAUCAUGAAUCGUAUUUCUGUUCUACUGCAGACGAUUAAAACCUGGAUUAAAUGUAAAAGAAGAUCUUACUGCAUGGAUUACAUGUUCCUUUUAAUAUAAUCAAUUCUUUACCAAUUAUCUCUCGGGCAUAUCAAUAUACGAUGGAAGUGAGCAUUUUAAGGCGGGAAACAAGGGGUGAAAAUUGCUUUGUCAGAAGCACUGGCUAACAGAGAUACGAAUGUUUUUAAAUGUUCCAUUGCAGUGUUAAUUUCUACAUUACGAGAUUCGCAAUUGAAAUUGUCGCUACCUUAUUGCUGUUCCAAACGUUUUUUAAAGAAAGUUCACUUCUUGCAGUUUCAGUUUGAUGCCUAUUUAAACACAUUCAGUUUUAUUAGCUAAAAUGUAAUUUCUUUUUCAAUAGGAUGUUUAAUUCAUUUAUCAAUACAUUCAAAAAUACGUACAAGACUGAAAAAUUGAACUCAAUGUGAAAUUUUUUUCAUUUUUUACGGGAGAACCUCAAUUUUUCUUUUCUAUGACUUAGGCAGCCUUUCCACUAGCCUGGGUUAAAACAUACCCGGGUUAAAAGUUAUCAGUUUUUAAAGUGAGUCAAUGGAAAUGGCAUUUUUGUUCGACCCGUUUUUAAUCCGUUUUUGAUCGUUCCUACUAAGCCGGGUUAA